GAUAAAAGCCAUUCCAGAGCCAUUGGUGGAGGAGGCAAGAUGGGUCGAUUCUCCCUUCCGCUCUUUGUGAUAUUGGGUUUCACACGUUUGGUUGGUGCACAGGUUUCAGGUCAUAUUCCAGAGCCACAGCAGGUGAACUUCAAGUCGACUGACUUCUACAAUGUUUUACAGUGGCGGAAAGGCAGUCACAACAGCAUGAAUGCAGUUUACAACGUGGAAUACAAAAUGUAUGGAGAGAAGCGCUGGAAUAACAAGACAGAAUGCUGGAAGAUUCAUCGCAUGUUCUGUGAUCUAACACAAGAGACCAGACGUUUCAUGGAGCCUCACCUUGCACGAGUUCGAGCCCUUGAGGCCAAUGGUCAAUCAAACUGGGCCAUGAGUGAAACGAUAAUACCUUUUUGGGAAACUGUCAUUGGUCCACCAAGGAUUAAACUCAUACCCAAGGCAAGAUCGAUACUGGUGAAAAUGCUUCCUCCUCGUACGCCCUUCAGAAAGAAAAAUGGCUCCUGGAUUACAUUGGAUAAAAUAUACAAUGGCAUUGAAUAUCUAAUAGAAAUUUCAGACAAUCUGGUGGAAAAUAGAUCCGACCUAUAUACAGCAACAGGCAUCACCUUGAGCGUAUGGAACCUAAAACCAAAAGCGACUUACUGCGUCCGCGCCCAAAUUAAGAUCCUUCUUUUCAGCAAAGUCAGUGACUACAGUGGAAAGAAAUGUGUGACAACAUUUUAGGAUAUCCAAUAAGAAGUCGUAAUGGAAAGGCAACAUGGAAGAAGAAUGUCUGAAUGCACUUUUAUCAACUUCAUGAUCAAAUCAACAAAAGAACAAAAUAUCAAAAAUCGUUUCUUAUUUCUUUGUGGCAAAUGAGCAG